AGCAGAUUGGGGCCAAACCAUAUCUACUCCGUUGCGUCCUACCAAAACAGGAAGUUUUCAAGAGUUUGGACCUGCAAGCUAGCCACCUAGCCUGCGGGGUACAUUCGGAAAUUACUAUGACUUUUCAAAUGUUUUAAUCUAGUGGACAACCUGUCACGAACAGAAGUAACGUAUACCUUUUUCAGCUGCUACUGGGAGUAAAUAUAUAUAUCGGCUUAUGUUUGUGCUGUGUGACUUAAACGCCGUGUCAGAAGUUUGAAGGUUAGCCGAGUAGCUAGCUCCUGAGCUAGCGUUAGCUUAGUCACGAAAGCCAUCGGUUUGUACGGAGCCUGCCUGCCUGCCCUGUCAGGCUGAUUCUGUACGGUUAGCCACAGGGCUGGGCUUUGAUUUACAGUCCAACCUGUCAGCUUUUCGUCUUUUACCUAUCCAGUCCGGGCAGCUCACCAAGUGGCACCGUAACAUGAAGUUAUGGAGGAGCGGAAGCUAAAAAGAAAGAGUCCCAGGACUUCCACCAGCGCGGCGCCUCCGUCCGGUGGCUCUGGCCGGAAGAAUAGCGCUUCCACUGGAGGACGGCACCUUGGCUACACGGGGACUCACUCCAGCCAAAAGAACAAGAGCAGGAGGGGAGUGAAGGAUAAACCCAGGUAUCAGCAGGGUUUGGGUGGUAAAGCUAGUCAAAACCAGGGCCAGGCAACACCGAUCGUCCAGCACUCUUUUCUCACAGAUGUUUCAGAUGUACAGGAGAUGGAGAAUGGCUUGCUCAGUCUCCUCAACGACUUCCACUCAGGGAAACUACAGGCAUUUGGCAAUGAGUGCUCUAUUGACCAAAUGGAACAUGUGAGAGAGAUGCAGGAGAAGCUGGCACGCUUGCACUUUGACCUCUAUGGUGAGGUGGAUGAAAUGCCCGAGGAUCAGAGGAAAACAGCCUGCGACACCAACAUGGACAAGUUGCUCCUUAAUCUGGAGGAGCUGAGUUCUUCCAUUCAGAAACUGAAUCUAGCCGACACACAAGAGAUCCCGAGGACUGCGAGCGUGUGACUUCCGUCGCCCCAACAUUUCUCAAUCAAAUUUGAGCCGACUAUUUCAUUUAUAGUACCUAUGGGGGUCUAUAAGUAUGGGGGGUUGAAACUGCCAUAAUCAAUAAAUGCAAAAUAGCUAUAUAUGUAUAUAUAUAUGCAAUUAAAUGAACCAAAAUAUAGUAAAAUAAAUAAAUAAAUAAAUAAAUAACAGUAAUAAUAAAUUGACCAUAUAUGGCACAUUUGCUUUAAGUUGCUUUUGUACUUAUUUACCUUUAUAUUAAUUUUAACUUGCUGACUUACACAUUUGAAAGUUUUUACUUACUCAUUUCCUCAAACAUUUCUUUAUGCAUUUUUCUGUCACAUAUUGUGGCUGCCUUUAGCUAAAAGUCUGCACAACGAAAUUUGCAUAAACAAAUGGGGAAAAAAACAAAAAAAAGUAAGUCUGGGGCUAAAAAAAAAAUUGAAUAUGCAUAUAUAUACAUAAAUUAUCAAGCAUCCAGACUUCUUUACUAAGUAAAUGCAGAAGCAAUUUAAAACAAAUAUCUAAUUUAACAUUUAAUAAAUAAAUAAAAUUUCAGCAAUGAAAGUAGUUUCUAUAUUUUUUCAAUCUUUUUUGUACAUUUAAUGGCAUAUAAUUCUUUUUUUAAACAAAUCAUUAAUUUAUUUUUGAUUUAGGUAGUUUCUAUCCUUCAUAUAUAAGGUGUCAGCAGUGUUGAUUGUAUGUAUUGCAAUGGAAAUGGCAACAAAGCGUUCCCUGUUUGUACAGGGGGAGGGAUGUAUUGUAAGAUAAUCUAAUAGGGAUGC